UGCAAACACUCCAGCACAGCUGAGGGUUGUUCCUGUCCUGAGCAGUGAGAGCAUCCCCUGGACACAGGAUUUUCUGUGCAUUAGUUGCUCACAGUCAUGGGCCAGCGGUUCUCUUCAUCUAGGAAUGAGCGCCACCAAGAUUUGGCCUCCACCUUUAACGAAUAUUUUAAGAAGUUUAAAGUAGAAAACAAAAUCAUUCCUCAAGAAAUCUUAGCUUCAAUUGAGUUAAACUUGUCAAAAGGAAACAUUCAGGUGGCAAACUCUUCGAUCACUAAUGCAUUAAAAGAAAUUGAUAGCACCCCACUCAAUGUUGCUGUGACAGGAGAGUCUGGAGCAGGGAAGUCCAGCUUCAUCAAUGUCCUGAGGGGGAUUGGGCAUGAAGAUAAAGAUGCAGCUAAAAUAGGUGUGGUGGAAACAACCAUGGAGAGGCAUCCCUACACACACCCCAAUAUUCCCAAUGUGGUUUUUUGGGACCUGCCUGGGAUUGGAACCACAAAUUUCCCACCCAAAGAUUAUCUGGAGAAAAUGAAAUUCAACGAGUAUGAUUUCUUCAUCAUUCUUUCUGCCACACGCUUUAAGAAAAAUGAUAUAGACCUCGCCAAAGCAAUCCGCAUGAUGAAGAAGGAUUUCUACUUCGUGAGAACCAAGGUGGACUCUGACUUGAAAAAUGAGAAGAAAUUCAAACCACGAACCUUUGACAGAGAAAAGGUCCUGGAGCAGAUCCGCAGCAGCUGUGUGAGGACCUUUCAGGAGAAUAACAUUGAGAAACCACCCAUCUUCUUGAUCUCUAAUAAAAUCUUAUCUGACUAUGAUUUCCAAAUCCUGGUGGACAAGGUGGUGAAUACUCUCCCUGUAUACAAACGUCACAAUUUUAUGCUCUCCUUGCCAAGUAUUACAGAUGCGGCCAUUGAAAGGAAGCGGCAGUUCCUGGAGCAGAGCAUUUGGCUCAAAGCCUUUGCGACUGGCCUACUCAAUAUGAUCCCUUCACUGACCCUCUUAAUGGUCAAUGAUGUGGGGGAUCUUAAGUACAGCAUGAACCUCUAUCGAGCUGUCUUUGGAGUGGAUGAUGCAUCCUUGCAGGGUUUGGCUGAGGACUGGCAAGUGUCAGUGGAUCAGCUCAAGGCAAAGAUGAAAUCUCCUCAUGUGUUUGAAACUACAAAGGAAGAAACAAUACAAGAAAGACUUUCAAGACUUUAUGAAGAGUUUCGUUUGGCUAAGGGGGAUGUAUUUGCUAAGAAUGUUUAUGUUAAAGAAUUGUUUUACCUAAAAUAUUAUUUCCUUGAUAUAGUGACAGAUGAUGCUAAUGCUCUUCUCAGAGAGAUAUGUGUAAAAAAUAACUUGGUUUCUGAUUUGGCUGAAAUCUUGUAGCUGUCAAAAAUCAGAAUCAAUGACAAAAAAACUGGACACUGAUGUUACAAAACAACAUACUGGGUUAUUCAGACCAUGCAGCGUUUAUCCAUACUUAGUGAUCAUAUAUCCACAUUAGCUGCAGCAAGGGGAUCAGAUGUGUGUAAAUAAUCUGAGUGCUAAAACUAUCUACUCACUUUGAAUAAACCCUCAGAUCUAGUCAUUGCACUUUUAUACAACUUUAUUUCAUAUAAGUCAACAUCUACUUUUAGGUUUAACAUUGUGAUAGGUGGUUUGAUCGACAGACUCUAGAAUCACAUGGGAGAUGAACCUCUGGACUUGUAUUUGGGAAACUAUUUGCUUACGUUAAUUGAGGUGGGAAGCGCUGCUCACUGUGGGUGGCCUCAUUCCCUAGCUGCUGAUCCCUAACUUUGUAUAUGGAACGGGAGGCUAACAUAGAACACCUGCACUCAUGCAUUGCUCUCUUCUUUCUUACUGUGGGUGGAGGGGGACUAGCUGCCCACAGCUGCUGCUGGGACUCCUCUAUAAACUUGAGUUUCACACUUAUGUCCUCUCUUCAUAGUAAUGCCACAGGAAAAGCCAUAACUGGGCUGGAGAGAUGGAUCAAUUGUCUUGCAAGUCUGAAGACAUGAGUUCAGACCCACAGAGCCCACAUAAAGCCAUCUAUGCACCUGAAAUCCAUACACUCCUGUGGAGAGACAGGAGGCAGAGGCAGAGAAUCCUGGAAACUGUGGGGCCAACUAACCUGCCACAUGCAGCUGUUAUAAAGAGACCCUAACACAAGCAAAUGGAGGUAAAAACCAAAAUCCAGUGAACUUUGCAUACAUGCCAUGUCAUGGUAAUCACACAUGCAAAUGCACUCGCACAAAAAGAUUUUCUUUAAAACUAAGAAGGAAAGUGUGGGGUGGUAACUCAGUGGUAUAAUGCGCACAUGCAUGUGACCUCGGGUUAAAGCUCUAGCACGCCAGAAACAGGGUAAAUGGUGAUGUGGAAAGAUGGCUCAGAGGUCAAGAAUGCUGACUGCUCUUGCAGAGACCCGGGGUUCAGUCCCCACAUAAUGGAGCCCACUUAGUAGCACACAGUAGCCUAUAACUCCUGUUCCAGGGAAUCUGAUAUCCUCUCCAGACAGCCAUUGGACCAGGAACACCUGGGGUUAAUAGAUACACAUGCAAGACAAAUAUUCAUACAAUAAAAUUAAAGAAAAGUGUACAAGAUAUAUGUUUGAACAAAGAGUACAAGAGAGAGGGAUGGAAUAACCAUACAGAUCAUAAAAGUCCUAAUAAUAACCGAAAUUCUAAAAAUCCUAUUUAGUCAGAAUCUUUGAGAAAAUACUAAAGAAGCUCUCUAAUUCUGUACCAGAACCAGUGAAGAUGAAGGGAUUUUCCUACUUUAUAUUCAUAGGCUUUUGAAUGUUGUGGUUACUAAAUGACUGAUUUACUCCAUAUCAAUACCAA